UCUCUAGAGGAAGAAAUGGGGGAGAGUCAAUCCAAACAUCGGCACGAUGGCAAUGACUAUUAUGAUGAUGAUGAUGAUGAUGAUACGUACUUCUCGGUCAUCGAUGAGGAGGAGGAGGAAGAGGAGGAAGUGUUUGGAACGAGCGAUGAUGAGAUGUUGGCGGAGGUGCUCCAGCUUCAAGAGAUGCUAUUCCAUGAGGAGAUCAUACGGAGCAACAUCUGCCCACGAAUGGCUCCGUCUGAACUCAUGGCCUACUGCAACAUCUGCAUGGAAUCCAAACCUCUCCACCAAUUCGUGGACAUCAAUUUCUGCUCCCACAAGUUCUGCCUGGGUUGCAUGAGCAUGUACAUAUCCGCGAAGCUCGAUGAGGAUGCAGCCAACAUACGCUGUCCCGAACCAGGAUGCAGAGUUGGAGUUUUGGAGCCAUUAAGCUUCCAAUACUUGCUCCCAAGCGACACCUUCGAGCGAUGGUGCGACAGUCUGUGUCAGUCGACGAUCAGGGCCAAGUUUUACUGUCCUUUCAAGGACUGCUCGGCUCUCCUGGAAGCUGGUGGUGGUGGUGAUGAGGAGGAGGAGGAGGAGGAGGUGAUAUCAGCAUCAGAGUGCCCACAUUGCAACAGGCUGUUCUGUGCUCAGUGCAAGGAGCCAUGGCACCAUGGAUUGGACUGCAGGGAGUUCCAGAAGCUAGGGGAGGAUGAGAGGGGGAGAGAGGAUCUCCAGCUGUGGGAGCUGGCAGCAAAGCAGAAGUGGCAGAGGUGCCCUAAUUGUAUGAUCACCGUGGAGAGGAUUGAUGGCUGUAGGUUCAUGAGGUGCAGGUGUGGACAGUGUUUCUGCUACAUCUGUGCAUCUCCAAUGUCUCAGGAGGAUCAUUAUUGCUUCGAGUGCCAGAGUUGACUGCAUAUGGUGGCCAUUUUGUAUUCAAUGGAAAUGAAAUAUCAAUUUGAUGUCGCAGAGAUACAACACA